AUGGCGGAAUUCGUCAGAGCCCAGAUCUUUGGGACCACCUUUGAGAUCACCUCCAGAUACUCGGAUCUUCAGCCGGUUGGAAUGGGUGCUUUCGGACUCGUAUGCUCUGCCAAAGAUAACCUCACCGGACAGAAUGUCGCGGUCAAGAAGAUCAUGAAGCCGUUCUCGACUCCGGUCUUGUCGAAAAGAACGUACCGCGAGUUGAAGCUGUUGAAGCAUCUGAAACAUGAGAAUGUCAUCUCACUCAGCGAUAUCUUUAUUUCUCCACUUGAGGAUAUCUACUUCGUUACUGAACUCCUUGGAACCGAUCUCCAUCGUCUCUUGACUUCCAGACCUCUUGAGAAGCAGUUCAUUCAAUAUUUCUUAUACCAGAUUCUCCGUGGCCUGAAAUAUGUCCACUCUGCAGGUGUCGUCCAUCGCGAUCUUAAGCCUAGCAACAUCCUCGUCAACGAGAAUUGCGAUCUCAAGAUCUGCGAUUUCGGUCUCGCCCGUUUACAAGAUCCCCAGAUGACCGGAUAUGUUUCUACAAGAUACUACCGAGCACCGGAGAUUAUGCUUACAUGGCAAAAGUACGAUGUCGAGGUUGAUAUCUGGAGCGCGGGAUGUAUCUUUGCGGAAAUGUUGGAGGGCAAACCAUUGUUUCCUGGAAAGGAUCACGUUAACCAGUUCUCCAUCAUCACUGAGCUUUUGGGUACCCCACCAGAUGAUGUUAUCCACACCAUUGCGAGUGAGAACACCUUAAGAUUCGUCCAAUCUCUACCAAAGCGAGAAAGACAACCAUUGAAGGAUAAAUUCCGCAAUGCUGAUCCUCAAGCAAUCGAAUUGUUGGAGGACAUGCUUGUAUUCGAUCCACGAAAGCGAGUCAAGGCAGCCGAUGCCCUCGCUCACGAAUAUCUCUCCCCAUACCACGAUCCGACCGACGAACCCGUAGCAGAGGAGAAGUUUGACUGGUCAUUCAAUGACGCAGACUUACCGGUGGACACAUGGAAAAUAAUGAUGUACGAGCAACUUUAUGAAUGGCAAGCGGAGCAAGCAGCCGCAGAGUCCUCUUGA